UUGGCGAUCGAUAUGCACCCAACAUCUUCGGCCAAAUCACCAGCCAUGUCUUCAAAAGAUGGCCUAUCUUGUAAGGCCAUCCUCCGUUCCAACAAUGGCACGAUGGGGUUAUCCUCGAGCUCAUCCUCCAUGGUGUGGCAUGAAGGUGAGGUGCGCAAGAAGGAGGUUUCUCGCACUAGCAAGCCAAAGCGCACCUCCUUCAAGUGUUUUCAGUGCAACAAGACAUUCCCGACCCAGCAGGCCAUGGCUGGCCACUGCAGCGCCCACACCCGGGCUAGAUCACAGAAGAGGGCGGUCGCAAGGAAAAACCUUGCACUGCCACGGGCUAUAAGGUAUGUACCAUAUGCCCGUCCAACUAGCAACCAAGUGAUGGUGACGGUUCCAUACCUUGACCUACAUGGUCAUGGUACCAUGACACCAGUGAUGAUGGCUCCAACUACAAACCCUGUAUUACAGCCUCUAUCGCCAUCUCAUAGCAAGCCGACAUCCACACUACUUGGCUGGAGAGCGUUUGUCCCUAUCUAUAGUAUGUCAUCCUGCAGAGUUAAUGUUGCUCCACCUAGUGACGUUGUAUCCUCUACGAAUACAACACGACACACACAAAUUGACCUAACGCUCCAGUUGAGCUCUGGCCAUAAAUACACACAAAGAAAGGCACUGCCUUUGCUCAGGUCACUCAUAAUGGCGCCAAACCGUCAGCAAGGUGCCAAUCGUGGAUGCCAGUCGGUGGAUGGUGUUGAUCAAGGUAACAUGGUGGGAAGUCAGAAGGACGACUUAGAUCUGGAGUUGCAUUUGUUUCGCUAGUUCUGUACUCAGAUGGAUCUUAAUAAGGAUGCACCCAAAACAAUUAGAUUGUCAUGUAAUAUGAAAUCGAUCAGUUAUAGAAUGCACUGAUAAAUAUUGUGGAAACUUUUUAGAUGUGCAAACUGUUCUAAUAAUUAUCCUGUGGAUGUACCAAUAGAAUGUUCGUUCCAAAUAAAGAAAGUUUUGCAA